ACCGGGAAGUACCGGGAGUUAACAUGGCUUCGAAAGGACAGGUCGAGAGUUUAACCGAGGAGGCAAUUUGUCCCAUCUGCCUGGAUUUCUUCACCGAUCCGGUGUCACUGGAGUGUGGACACAACUUUUGCCGCUCCUGCAUCACACAGUGUUGGGAAAGUGGGGAGAGAAACUCCUGCCCGGAAUGUAGAGAGGAGUUUGCAGACCGCACCCUCAAGGUCAAUCGGGUGUUAGCAAGACUGGCUGAAAAAGCUCGAAAACUGCACCUGAAGCCGAAAGGGAAGGAAAGUAAACUUCACUGCGAGGAACACGAGGAAGAACUGAAGCUGUUUUGUGAGACGGACAAGACACUGAUCUGCCUGAUCUGUAGAGAUGCGCGGGAACACAAGUCUCACAACUUCAUGCCGGUUAACGAAGCCGUUAACAUUUACCAGGAUCGAGUUAAAUCUUCCUUGGACUCUCUCACAAAAAGACAAGCAGACUUCCAGGAAAUGGAGCAGGAACAGAAAGAGAAGAUUUCUGGAGUUCGGGAACAGUCACAAAGCGUUCAGUCCCAGAUCACAUCCCAGUUUGAUGAACUGCGCCGGAUUAUCACUGAGAAAGAGCAGCGUGCCCUCCGAGAUAUCAGGGAAGAAGAGGAGAGGAUUCUAAAUCCAAUGGAGAAAAAUCUUCAAGUAAUUCAAAAGAAUUUAAAUGCCAUCUACAAGGAAAUCUCAAAGUUACAGGAACAGAUGGAUCAACAAGACAAUAUCAUAUUCCUCAUGGAGGAAGCUCGUCGGAAGAGGAGGAUGAGUGAUGAUACCCAGACAUUGUCAGUGACAGAUGGUGCCCUAUUGGUUGAAAAAUUCGAUCACCCCUAUUUGCUCGACAUAGCAUCGGAAGAAGUGAUUGGCGGCAUUAAACACGUCUCUGUCACCCUGGAUGUGGAAACGGCGGGUCCGCGGCUCGAGGUGUCUGAGGAUCGGAAGAGUGUGAGCUACACCGGGACCCGGAGGAAUCUCCCUGACACCGGGAAGAGGUUCACAUACUGGCGUUGUGUGCUGGGAUCGGAGGGAUUCACAUCGGGGAGACAUUACUGGGAGGUGGAGGUGAUGGGGAAUCGGUGGUGGUAUCUGGGAGUCGCCGCAGAGUCUGUGGACAGGAAGGGAAAGUUCACGCUGAGUCCGGAGACCGGAUUCUGGACCAUCGGGCGGCGUGAUGACGUGUUCGGGGUUUACACCUCCCCUGAGUCCCGUCUCCCUGCCGAUCCCAUCCCCGGGAGGGUGGGAGUUUAUCUCAGUUACGAGUCCGGGACAGUUUCAUUUUACAACGCGGAGACCAAGUCCCAUCUCCACACCUUCACUGGGAAUAAAUUCACGGAGAAACUUUCUCCUUUCUUCUGGACUGGGUAUGAAAACGAGUGGCUGAGAAUCUGCUCCGGUUCCGCUCCGGGUCUGCACAGCCAGAGGUCCGUCAGGGAAUGCUGUCGACAGGCACAGUCCAGGCUGCAGGAGGACGUGCUGAGGGACACAGAGGAUCUCGGGGCAGACAGUGCAAAGUUUCUGGGGGGGAGGACCACUGUCAAGGCUCCUUCUGCUACCUCACAUGGAGGGCCUGGGUCAGAUGGAGCAGAGGUGCUUGAUGAAGCAGAUCCCCAGUUUACAACAGGUCUCACCAAUGUCGAGGAGGCUGCAUUGGGAGCAGCAGAGCAAAUAAAUGACCCAGCAGAUGAAGUGUUGCCUCACCUGGAAGGACAUUUUGGGUCCUCAAAUGGAGCGCCCGAAAGUGAAAGGAUCCUGAACCCGGAAGUACCGGGAGUUAACAUGGCUUCGGAAGGACAGGUCGAGAGUUUAACCGAGGAGGUAAUUUGUCCCAUCUGCCUGGAUUUCUUCACCGAUCCGGUGUCACUGGAGUGUGGACACAACUUCUGCCGCACCUGUAUCACACGGUGUUGGGAAAGGGAGGAGAGAAACUCCUGCCCGGAAUGUAGAGAGGAGUUUGCAGACCGCACCCUCAGGGUCAGUCGGGUGUUAGCAAGACUGGCUGAAAAAGCUCGAAAACUGCACCUGAAGCCGAAAGGGAAGGAAAGUAAACGUUUCUGCGAGGAACAUGAGGAAGAACUGAAGCUGUUUUGUGAGACGGACAAGACACUGAUCUGCCUGAUCUGUAGAGAUGCGCGGGAACACAAGUCUCACAACUUCAUGCCGGUUAACGAAGCCGUUAACAUUUACCAGGAUCGGGUUAAAUCUUCCUUGGACUCUCUCACAAAAAGACAAGCAGACUUCCAGGAAAUGGAGCAGGAACAGAAAGAGAAGAUUUCUGGAGUUCGGGAACAGUCACAAAGUGUUCAGUCCCAGAUCACAUCCCAGUUUGAUGAACUGCGCCGGAUUAUCACCGAGAAAGAGCAGCGUGCACUCCGAGAUAUCAGGGAAGAAGAGGAGAGGAUUCUAAAUCCAAUGGAGAAAAAUCUUCAAAAGAUUCAAAAGAAUUUAAAUGCCAUCUACAAGGAAAUCUCAAAGUUACAGGAACAGAAGGAUCAACAAGACAAUAUCAUAUUCCUCAUGGAGGAAGCUCGUCGGAAGAGGAGGAUUAGUGAUGAUCCCCAGACAUUGUCAGUGACAGAUGGUGCCCUAUUGGUUGAAAAAUUCGAUCACCCCUAUUUGCUCGACAUAGCAUCGGAAGAAGUGAUUGGCGGCAUUAAACACGGACCGCUGAGAUCCUCCAGAAUUUUGUGUUUGUUGAUCCUCCAGGUCGAGGAAAAACCUCGGGAAGAUGCCGGUUGUCCAUCCGCUGCGUUUGGAAAAAACCCCGGAAAGGGUCCUGUCUCCCCCCCCGAUCCCGGGGCCGCGCUGCCCGAGUCUCCCCCCGAUCCCCGGGGCCGCGCUGCCCGAGUCUCCCCCCCGAUCCCGGGGCCGCGCUGCCCGAGUCUCCCCCGAUCCCCGGGGCCGCGCUGCCCGAGUCUCCCCCCGGUCCCCGGGGCCGCGCUGCCCGAGUCUCCCCCCCCGAUCCCGGGGCCGCGCUGCCCGAGUCUCCCCCCGAUCCCCGGGGCCGCGCUGCCCGAGUCUCCCCCCGAUCUCCGGGGACUCUCUAAUUCUCUGCUUCUCCCCCCAGUCUCUGUCACCCUGGAUGUGGAAACGGCGCAUCCGCGGCUCGAGGUGUCUGAGGAUCGGAAGAGUGUGAGACGGACCGAGACCUGGAGGGAUCUCCCUCACACCGGGAAGAGGUUCACAGACUGGGCUUGUGUGCUGGGAUCGGAGAGAUUCACAUCGGGGAGACAUUACUGGGAGGUGGAGGUGAUGGGGAAUCGGUGGUGGUAUCUGGGAGUCGCCGCAGAGUCUGUGGAGAGGAAGGGAGAGUUCACACGGAGUCCGGAGACCGGAUGCUGGACCAUCGCGCGGGUUGAUGACAAGAUGUGGGUUUACACCUCCCCUGUGUCCCGUCUCCCUGCCGGUCCCAUCCCCGGGAGGGUGGGAGUUUAUCUCAGUUACGAGUCCGGGACAGUUUCAUUUUACAACGCGGAGACCAAGUCCCAUCUCCACACCUUCACUGGGAAUAAAUUCACGGAGAAACUUUAUCCUUUCUUCUGGACUGUAAAUGAAAACGAGUGGCUGAGAAUCUGCUCCGGUUCCGCUCCGGGUCUGUAAACGGGUCGGGUCCGGGACUGGUGUCAGGAGUCAGUCAGUGUAAAUAUAAAUGUGCGGAGAGUGAAAUAAACACGAUGUGAGAAUUAUCGAUCCAUUAAUUUUAACUCGUUCACCGCGUCCGUCAACGGAACAGAAACACUGCGGAUUCAGCAGCAGCCGCGGACGGCGGGUCCUGAGCUCCCCGGCUCCUCCGGGUGCUAAAGUCCACCGGGACU